AUGGCUGCUUCCAGCACUGAGAAGGAGAGCUGCCUAUUCUUAUCUGAGUGGGAGUCCGCGCGGCACGAACACCAUUUGUGCCGCCGGAAGCAUGUGGAGAAGGAACUUCAUCGACAGCAGUUGCAGCUGCAGAGCGCGUUGGCGUCCUUGAACUCCUGGCUGGCUAUCCUGGAAUCCCGGCGGAAGCUGAUGAACGAGGUGGCGGCCAGCGCGGCCGCCCAGGCACUGUCGGAGUUGGAGACUCGUUGGCGGCCGCUGCGCCUGGAGUUAGAUGCCGAAGUGGCUGGUUGGCUGCUGGGCGCAGAGCAGAGCUAUGCUGCGAAGCUGAGUGGCCAAGCCAAGCUCUGGGCAGCGGCGGCACCUGAAGGUGGCACCUCUCUGCGACAAAGGCUUCAGGCCUUGUCUGAGCACCUGGCUUCGCGUGUGGUGGCAGCCAUCCGACUUUGGGACGAGUCUCACCAGGCGGCUGAGCAAGCAUGGCAGAGCCAUCACGAACGAGUAGAAGAAGCGGCACGGGCCAUCUCGCAAGAAAGGGCGCCACCUGAUUCGUGGCUGAGUGAAGUGCAGUACCGCGAGCGCGCUCGCAAGCACGUCACGGAGCUUGGCUUGGUGGAGGAGCUUCUGCGGUCCAGCGCCGAGCAGCUGGAGACUUUGGAAGCGCAGCGCGCGGAGUAUUGGACCUCCUUGGCCGAGUCCUACCGUGUCCUGGUCGAGAUUUGGGUGACAGUGCAAAUUGGCACGGUCGAAGCUCCGCCUGCUCCGCCUGCUCCGCCUGCUCCGCACUCAGGAAGCUGCUGCGAUGACACGAGCAGCGACGUGCCCCGCUUAAAGCUUGGCUCGCUGGAGCCCGCGGCAACGCUGCCGCCGUUGCCCGACAUGCCGACGGCCUAUGGUGCCGUGCUGCAACGCGUGCCGGCCGCCAUGAUGACGCCCAGCGGGCUCUUUGGUCGUGGCAGCGAGUGGCGGGAGGGUGCAACAUUGGUCCUCACCAUUCAUGGAUACUUGCACCUCUUCUUGCCGGACCCCAAGGCCAAGAAGACGACUGAGAAUAGUCCGGAGGAGAACGUUCCUGAGCUGGUUGAGUCAGACGUCAAGGCAUCGGUGUAUGCUCCUCGGGCGACCAAGUGCGUCUUUCAGCGCCGUGGUCAGGAGCUGGUCGUCGACCUGGCUGAGCAGGAGCCCGAGCCCGCCACCCCCGAUGCGAGUCCGCCCGCCGGCGGCGGCGCGGCCGGCGUGCUGCGGAAGUGGUGGGGAGGUAAGGGCGAGCCUUGGAACCAAGCUGUAUGA